AUGCCUGUCAUCUCUCGCCUCGUGUCUAUCGUCCUCCGCGUCGCGGAAAUUGCUUUUGCGGCUGUCGUCGCCGGCAUAAUCGGCCACUACCUCGCCGACCUCAACAACUCCAACGCUGAUGUCGACUGGUGGCCCCAGUCGCGAUGGAUCUACACCGAAGUAAUCGCCGGCUUAUCCAUACUCUUAGGCCUGAUAUGGCUGAUCCCAUUCUCGUCCGGCUUCUUCUCCUGGCCUUUGGAUAUCCUCAUUUCAUUCGCCUGGUUCGCUGCCUUCGGUGUCCUCGUCGAUACGCUCCGUCACUUGCCUUGCGGCAGUAUCUGGUCCUGGCACUUUAGGGGUCAGCAGAUGUGUGGACGUUGGAAGGCAGCCGAGGCUUUCAGUUUCCUUUCUGCUAUUAUCUGGUUGGUUUCUGGGCUUGUGGGUAUUUGGUUUACCUUCCGUGUUCGCCCUUCUACCACUGAUGGAGCUCGCCGCCGUCGCUGGGGUCGCUCUGCAGCCUAA